UAAUUGGGCAGCACUGAAGCAAGUUGGUUUACCGCGUGUGUUACGAAUAUUGCGUUGUAUCGGCAGGUGAAUACUGCGAAAUUGGAAAUAUGGCAAAUCCCAAUCAAGAGAUCAAGUAUACUAAGCUUUUCAUCAAUAAUCAGUUUGUGGACGCAUCAAGUGGAAAAACUUUCCCAACUAUCAAUCCGGCAACCGGGGAAAAAAUCAUUGAUGUAGCCGAGGGUGACAAAGCGGAUGUUGAUAAGGCCGUACUGGCAGCAAAGGCAGCAUUUGCACGGAGUGCUCCAUGGCGUCAGAUGGACGCUUCGGCUCGUGGGAAGCUGCUGAACAAAUUGGCCAAUUUAAUUGAACGAGACAUCAACACUCUUGCGAAUCUGGAAUCGUUGGAUAAUGGAAAAUCGUUUGCUGAUUCAGUUUUUGAUAUGAACUGUGCUGUGGACGUCUUUCGGUACUAUGCUGGCUGGGCUGAUAAAGUUCACGGAAGUACAGUUCCAUCAGAUGGGCCCGUGCUGACAUAUAUAAGAAAGGAGCCAGUUGGAGUUGUGGGCCAAAUAAUUCCAUGGAAUUAUCCGGUGCUGAUGGUGUCCUGGAAAUGGGCUCCAGCAUUGGCUGUUGGUUGUACUCUGGUGCUGAAACCCGCAGAACAAACUCCACUGAGUGCCUUAUACUUAGCCGCAUUAACUAAAGAGGCUGGUUUUCCUGAUGGUGUGAUUAACGUUGUAAAUGGUUAUGGGCCAACCGUUGGCGCUGCUAUUGUGAACAAUUCUGACAUAAGAAAGGUAGCGUUUACUGGAUCGGUAGAAACAGGUCGCAUCAUAAGCGAGGGAUCGUCGAAAACAAAUUUGAAGCGCGUGUCACUAGAACUAGGUGGUAAAAGCCCGUUGGUUGUUUUUAGCGAUGUGGAUUUGGAUGAAGCUGUUGAAAUUGCUCACAAUGCUAUCUUUGCUAAUCAUGGACAGAACUGCUGUGCUGGUAGUCGUACUUUUGUUCAGGAAGAGAUAUACGAUGCAUUUGUAGAGAAAGCGGCGAAAAUGGCUAAAGAACGCAAAGUAGGAGAUCCGUUUGCUGAUGGUACUCAACAAGGACCUCAAGUUGACGAAGAACAGUUCAAAAAGAUUUUGAACUAUAUCGAUUCCGCCAAUAAGGAAGGAGCAAAGCUACAAGCAGGAGGCAAGCGAUUUGGAGAUGUUGGUUAUUUCGUUGAACCAACUGUAUUUUCCGAUGUGACCGACUGCAUGACAAUUGCACGCGAGGAGAUUUUUGGACCAGUGCAAAGUAUUUUCAAAUUCAAAACGUUGGAUGAGGUGAUCGAGAGAGCAAACAACACAGAGUAUGGUCUGGCAGCUGGUGUUCUGACAAACAAUAUCAACAAUGCAAUAAUUUUCUCCAAUGCAGUCGAAGCUGGAUCCGUCUGGGUAAAUUGUUAUGAUUAUGUAGUACCAACGACUCCAUUUGGUGGAUUUAAGCAGUCCGGGCACGGCCGGGAACUGGGUUACAGCGGAAUAGAAUUGUACACAGAGACUAAAACUGUAACAAUUAAGUUACCAACGAAGAUAUAAUUGGAAAUUUGUAAUUUGGUUUUACUGUAAUAAAUUCCACCAUAAAAG